GGCCAGAUGAUUUCACAGGAGGACUUUGCCUUCAUCAAGGACUACGAUCUCGCUGGACCUGAAAGGAGAGAUCAGCUGAUCCAGGCUCUGGGCCCCCUCUGUGCCAAGACCCUGGUCCGUCUCAUGGGGCGUAUCGCCAAGGAGAUGACAGUUCGGUACAUCCUCACCUUAGUGGAUGACAUGCUGAAGGAAAAGCCAGAGCGGGUUUCAGUGUUUGCUGAGCAGGGCAGGAAGAGCAAGACGAGUCCAUGGGUCCCAUUCCUGACGUUACUCAACAGAGAGGACCAGUUUGCUACCACUCAGUCUUGCCGAAUUGUAGCCAAACUUGCCACGUACGGCAAGGAUCGUAUGAACUCCAGCGAUCUCAAGUUCUUCUUCAAUUGGAUCCGCAAUCAGCUGACGACGCAGAACAACGAGUACAUUCAGACUGUGGCCAUGUGUCUGCAACAGAUGCUCAAGUACAACGAGUACAGGGUUGGCUUCAUGGCAAACGAUGGAAUCAGCACGUUGAUUCUUGUGUUAUCAGGAAAGGUGAGCUUCCAGAUUCAAUACCAGCUUAUCUUUUGUAUCUGGAUGGUGUCUUUCAAUGCGUCCCUGUGUGCACAGAUAAACAAGUACAAGAUUGUUCCAGUUUUGGCUGAUAUCCUAAGUGAAAGUGUGAAGGAGAAAGUGACAAGAAUCAUCUUAGCCGUCUUCAGGAAUCUGGUUGAGAAACCUGAAGAGAAGGAGGUAACGCAGGAGAAUGCUCUGUCUAUGAUCCAGUGUAAGGUCCUGAAGCAGCUUGAAGUCCUGGAAGGACAGAAGAUUGAGGAUCCAGACAUCACCGAGGAUAUUGAAUACUUGAAUGAGAACCUGCACAACAGCAUGCAAGAUCUCAGUUCGUUUGAUGAGUAUUCUACCGAAGUGAAGUCUGGUCGUUUAGAGUGGAGUCCUGUUCACAAGAGCGAGAAGUUCUGGAGAGAGAAUGCUGCCAGGCUGAACGAGAAGAACUAUGAGCUACUCAAGAUAUUGACGAGAUUGUUAGAGAGUUCUAAAGACCCUCUUAUCCUGUGUGUCAGUGCUCAUGAUAUAGGAGAGUAUGUCAGACACUACCCCAGAGGGAAAAAUGUGAUAGAACAGCUAGGAGGCAAGCAUCUUGUUAUGCAGUACAUGACCCAUGAAGAUCCCAACGUUAGGUAUGAAGCACUGCUAGCCGUACAGAAACUCAUGGUUCAUAAUUGGGAGUACCUAGGAAGGCAGCUUGUCCAACAAGAGACAAGCUAGGAGAAGCCUCGUGGGCAUUCUGAUAUCGACAAUCAGCAACUCUAUAUCAAACUGGUAACCAGGGCACUCUCAUAUGAGCCUUGGGCCUGUUUCAUAAAGAGUUAUGGUAACUUUGCGAGUAUGGCAACUACCAUGGUAACAUUGCUCAACAGCCAAUCACAACCAAGAUUCCAUGUUAGUUACCAUAAUUGUAGCUCUUCAUGAAACCAGCCCUUGUCAUCACCAAGGAGUUGUCAUUCUCUGAUGGUUACAGUAUUUCUCAGCCCAUCGUGUCAGACCAAACAUGUCAGAAAAAAAUGUGGCUGACCACAUAAUGUCUGUACACAGACUAAACAUCUUGCAUGGGCUUUACUAUGUGGGACUAGUAAUUGAGGUAAUAGACAAAGACAAAUAUGUGGUCUGCCCUAUGGUUAUUAUGUAGCCAUGUGAUCAUGUCCUGGAAUAUAACUUUUUAUCUCUUCGAUAUUAAUUUUAGUUAAUGUAUGCCAAAGCAUUAGGUACAACUUUUACACAUAUUUAUAAUCAAAUAUGACAAGUAUGACUCAAACAGAAUGUAAGUAUAUUGAUAAUUAUGCAAAAGGUAGAAUUGAAUAAAUUAUAUGCCCUUCAAGACUGCUUUGGGUGGACAGUUAUGCUAUGUUUUGUUUUUUGUGCAGGACAGAGGGAAGGGUGAACAAGAAGGGUAUGAGAUCUAAUAUAUGGUGUGGCAGGUUUUAGAGGAAAGUUUGUCCAUAUGUUCUUUCAAGCAAUACAGGAGAGUGCAUAAGGUGUCUCUUAGACUUCAAGUCUGGACACACAUUUGUAAAUUUUGAAUACAUGAAUUGUGUUUCUGUUUCUUUUUUUUUUAUCAUUGAUGACCCAAUUUGAAAAUGUUUAUUUUCAGAAUGUGCAAUGGGGUGAAAUCAUCUUUUCUGUUAAGUAUUAUUGUAGAAAAUAUAUUCUUUCUGUAAUACCAUUUGCAAAAGUUUUCAUGUUUGUCAUCCAAUCAUACAGAGAAUUGCAGAUUGAUUUUAAUUUUUGUUAGGCCACUGUAUCAUUUAUUUCUAGCAGGAAUUUAUAUGCAUUUAAUUAUUUCGAAUCAUUCAUUAUUUGAUUGGUGCUCUAGGAAAUAGUGUGUAAUUGAUACCAAUCGUGGAAUCUGAUGAUACAGAAAAAAAUCAUAUUGUAUUUUGAAAUUAAUGUGACAACACAUUCAAAUAAUUUACCCAUUUUCAAUUUUGAUAGACUCUGCAUUAGAAUCAUGGGUUGGUGGGAAUUCAUACCCAAGAAGAAAAAAAUACAGACAAAUUUGGGGUCCUAGGAUCUGUAAACUCCUGAGAGUUUACAGAUCCUAGGACCCCACAUUUGCAGAACAGUGGAUGGAAUCCAUUUAUAUGAAGAAACAAAAUAAAAAUCAUAUUAUAUUUAAAAUGAAUGUUAACGCAUUUAUAUUCUUCCAUUGACCAAACCAAGUUCCUUGAGAAUUUCUAUUUAUACUACAGUGACAUCAGGGCAUUGGAAUGGGGACCUGGGAAAUUGAUACCUAUUAUAUUGAAUUUGAAAGGAACUGCAUUUGAAAUAUUGAAUUAGUAGGAAUUAGUAUCCAAGAAAAAUUAAUUGCUAAUGAAUAGGAUACUUGGGUAUGUGAAAUCAGUGGGGUUCAAAGAUUUAGAAAAUGCUGAAACUAUGGAUGGAUUUUUUUUUCAAUUCUUUAUCAAUCCAUUAUAUCAUUUGAGCUAUUGUAAAGUAGGAAAAAUAUGUAUGACAUUCCAUUGUAAAACCCUUAGUAAAGAUAGUUUAGUACAUGUGUAAUUGUAUGGAAUGAUUGUUUAUUCUGCAGUGGUGAAAGAACACAUGGUAAAGUACACCUGAAAAUACAUGUUGUUAUUUUAUGUGUUAAGUACUAUUUCUGUAUAGAUAUGGAAUAUUGGAGAAAUUAUAUAUUAUAUGAAAUAAAUGUAUUAUCCUGGUAUGUAUAACUGGA